UACAAGAUGGCGGCACUACCUGAGGAGCCGGCGGAGGUGGUGGCGGUAAAGCAAGACCCUGAGGCGGGGACGCCUCCGCAGCCCCCUGCUGCACCUCCAGCUGCUGCUGCCGCCGCCGCCGCUUCCGUCGCUCCCCCGGUUGCGGCGGCGGAGGGGGAAGCUGCGGGGAGCGGUGGGGAUGCGGCACCCCCUAAGCCUGCAGCGCCGGGCCCGGCCGCCUCCCCGACAGCGUUGGACCGGCAGACACUCGUGGCCGUGCUGCAGUUCCUGCGGCGCAGCAACCUCCGGGAGUCCGAAGAGAUCCUGCGCCGCGAAGCCCGCCUGCUCGGCGAUGACCUCGGUGCCGCUGCCCUUAGCCCCGCCGGCUCCGGGCUUCCGGGAGGCGCAGGCGGCGAUACGGACUCUGCCGGCAGCGAGGCACUGCUCAGCCGGGUCACCGCAUCUGCGGCCAUCGCGAUAGGAGGCAGCGUCUCCACUGUCGCGUCUUCCAGCUCCGGGGUGGCGGCGGUUGCCGCCGUUCCGACGGGGAAAGUUGGAGGAGGUGUUGUUGUGGAAGAUCAGCCAGAUGUGAGUGCAGUGUUGUCUGCCUACAAUCAACAGGGGGAUCCAGCACUGUAUGAGGAGUACUACAGUGGAUUAAAACACUUCAUUGAGUGUUCCCUGGACUGUCAUCGGGCGGAAUUGUCUCAGCUGUUUUAUCCUCUCUUUGUGCACAUGUACUUGGAAUUGGUCUACAACCAACAUGAGAGUGAAGCAAAGUCUUUUUUUGAAAGAUUUCAUGGGGAUCAGGAGUGCUAUUACCAGGAUGACCUGCGUGUAUUAUCUAGCUUAACCAAAAAAGAACACAUGAAAGGUAAUGAGACCAUGCUGGAUUUUAGAACGAGCAAGUUUGUGCUGCGUAUUUCCCGUGACUCUUACCAGCUCUUGAAGAGGCAUCUUCAGGAAAAGCAGAACAAUCAGAUCUGGAACAUUGUGCAGGAGCAUCUUUACAUUGAUAUCUUUGAUGGAAUGCCCCGCAGUAAACAACAGAUAGAUGCUAUGGUUGGAAGCUUGGCUGGGGAGGCAAAACGAGAGGCUAAUAAAGCAAAGGUUUUCUUUGGCUUAUUGAAAGAACCGGAGUUCGAUGUGCCUUUGGAUGAUGAAGAUGAAGAAGGAGAAAAUGAGGAAGGAAAGCCAAAGAAGAAAAAACCCAAAAAAGAUAGUGUAGGAUCAAAAAGUAAAAAACAAGACCCUAAUGCUCCUCCCCAAAACAGAAUUCCUCUGCCUGAACUGAAAGACUCUGACAAGCUGGAUAAAGUAAUGAAUAUGAAGGAAGCUGCAAGGCGUGUGCGUCUUGGCCCAGAGUGCUUGCCCUCCAUCUGUUUCUACACAUUCCUUAAUGCUUACCAGGGUCUGACUGCAGUGGAUAUUACAGAUGACUCCAGCAUGAUUGUAGGAGGCUUUGCUGACUCUACUGUCAGAGUGUGGUCUGUGACGCCGAAAAAGCUACGGAGCGUGAAAACAGCAGCAGACCUCAGUCUCAUCGACAAAGAAUCGGAUGAUGUCUUGGAGAGGAUCAUGGAUGAGAAAACAGCAAGUGAGUUGAAGAUUUUAUAUGGUCACAGUGGACCUGUCUAUGGCACCAGCUUCAGUCCUGAUAGGAACUAUUUGUUGUCCUGUUCUGAGGAUGGCACUGUCAGAUUGUGGAGUCUCCAAACAUUCACGUGUUUAGUGGGAUAUAAAGGACACAACUAUCCAGUAUGGGAUACACAGUUCUCUCCUUAUGGUUAUUACUUUGUGUCAGGGGGACAUGACAGAGUGGCUCGCCUGUGGGCAACAGAUCACUACCAGCCUUUACGGAUAUUUGCUGGCCACCUUGCUGAUGUGACGUGUACCCGAUUUCAUCCGAACUCCAACUACAUUGCCACGGGCUCAGCGGACAGGACUAUACGGCUCUGGGAUGUUUUGAAUGGGAAUUGUGUGAGAAUAUUCACUGGGCAUAAGGGACCAAUUCAUUCACUGGCAUUUUCUCCUAAUGGACGAUUCCUGGCUACUGGAGCAACAGAUGGCAGAGUUCUGCUGUGGGAUAUUGGACAUGGCUUGAUGGUUGGCGAAUUGAAAGGGCACACAGACACUAUCUACGCACUCAGAUUCAGUAGAGAUGGGGAGAUUUUAGCAUCAGGUUCAAUGGAUAAUACAGUUCGUCUGUGGGAUGCUGUGAAGGCAUUUGAAGAUUUAGAAACUGAUGACUUUACUACAGCCACUGGACAUAUAAACUUGCCUGAAAACUCACAGGACUUGUUAUUAGGUACAUACAUGACCAAAUCAACCCCAGUUGUACACCUCCAUUUCACACGCAGAAACUUGCUGCUGGCUGCAGGAGCCUACAGUUCACAGUGAAUUGGGAAGCUGCAAGACUGACUGUGCCAAAUCAUUGCAGUAGUGACCUCGGGAUGUGAGACAAGGAGGAAUGUCUUGUACAGAUGGAUCCCACUAGUCUGUUGCAGGAAAACCAAAAAACUAUGUAAACUGAUGCAAGCAGCAUUUUUCAGUUCUGCUGUUCCAUACUUAUCCACAGUUUGAAAAUGCUGGAGCUUGACGAGACAUCAUGGCUGUACAAGAAGAAAUUGUUCAUGGUGCUUUUGAUAAAAAAAAAUCCAAACAUGAAAAUGGCUGUCUCCCCUCAGACAUAGUAUUGAGUUCUACUGAAACUUGUGGAAAGCUAACAGCCUUGGUAGGUGUUCUCAAAUGAAUUUCUUCUAAAGCACUUAAUUUAUGGUUAGCAAAUGUUUAAUCAAUCUCAAGCAUAAGGAAAGACUGUUUAGUUUCAGAAAAGAAUGUAGUUUAAUUCACUAUAGCCUGAGCUGGACAACAGGUACGGUGAGAGUAUCACAGCAACUAACAGGGCAUUGAAAGAGUAGGUCCCAGCAGCAGAGGCUCAUGGGGCUCGUGUGUAACUGCAAAGGUACACAUGCAGGUUUUUAUGCACCCAUAUACUACUCCUGAAAAGAUUUCAACUACCUGUGCUCUUUUGAGGUUAUCAGAAAUGAAGAGCUUGUUACUCUUUUUUCACUGGUAGCCAAUGCUGUAAAUGGGAUAAGCAACCAGAAGUGCAAUGUGAACUUUAUUUACUUUCAUACUUUACUGUAGGAAAGAAGG